UCUACCUCCAGAGAAGUUUCCAUCUUCCCAUUGAAAAAACGCGUUUGCCUUAAGCCCGAGCCUAUAGUCUUUUUGGCCAAGCUCGAUGGAUCAAACUGGGUAUGUCUGCAAAGGAAUGAACAGAACGUUCUUUGAAGCAGCCAAAUCAGGGAACGUAAGAGCGCUUAAUGAGAUUUCGCCGCCGUGGAGCGUUGCGAAUGAGGUAACGCCAGGGGGAAACACGGUGCUACAUAUUGCCGCCUAUCAUGGCUCUCUCCCAUUCGUUCACAAGUUGCUUCAACUUUCAAAUGCCAAUCUAGAGGAUGGGAUGACAUUUUUAAAAGCUAAAAAUAUGGAAGGAAACACAGCGUUACACGAAGCAGCCUUAGGAGGAAGUGAGCAAGUCGUGAUUACUUUACUUGAAUUCUGCCCAGAUUUGGUGAAUGAGAUCAACAAAGCAAGCGAAACAGCUCUCUUUAAAGCUUGUGAGGGAGGUCACGCCAAGAUCGUUGAACUGUUGUGUCCAAUGACUUAUACUGAGUAAAACAAGAGAUCCGAUGGCCAAACACCUUUACAUCUUGCAGUCUCUAAAUUAAGUACAGAUGUAAUUGAGAAGCUUUUACACCACAAACGUGAACUUGCCACAGAAGUAGAUAAUUUCGACAGAAGUCCGUUGCACAUGGCUGCGUUGCUUCCAUAUCUCGAUAAUUUCCUUUACCCAAAGCUUUACAGGAAAAUUUUCCUAACUGGAAAGAUGCUUAUAAGAAAUGAUGGUGGGCUUUCUUGUUACAAAGUGGACCAGAAUAAGCAGUCUGCACUUCACGUUGCAGUGAAAGAAGGGAACGCAGCUUUAGUGGAUGUGAUACUAGAUUACAGCAGCGACUGCCUAGAAAUGGUCGACAACGAUGGUAGAAUUGCUUUGCAUCUGGCCGUGAACAAUGCUGCUGAAAUAUUUCUCAGAAGUGGACGAUAUCGCCUGAAAUUUAUAAUAUGCUCGGUAACGUCAGAAAGAAUGAUAAAUUGCAUUGAUAAGAAAGGGCAAACGGCAUUAGAUAUUGCACUAGAGAAGCAGAAUGAUGACCCAAAACUUUACAGGGCUAUUAUGACAUAUUUGAUGAGGGCUCAACUUCAAGAACCACCCCAUCAACUAAAACCCUGAGGUGGAACUCGAAUCUCAUAUCUGAAGUGCAGUCCUAAUUGCAACGGUUGCUUUCGCAGCUGCUUUCACUCUACCGGGAGGUACAGGCAACCAAGCACGGGGCCCACCAGCGCCUAUAUUGAUUAACAUCAAUCUCUUCAAGCUUUUUGUGAUAUUUGACACGCUGGCUUUCUGUUUUUCCAUUGCUUCUGCUAUCCUCCUUAAUUUUGCUGGUUUUCGUAGCCAUGUAGAAGAUUGGAUCAUAACUCAGUUCAGUUUGGAAGCGUUAUAUAUAUCACUGGUAUCAUUAUCAAUAACAUUUGGCGCAGCAAUACAUCUGGUUGUGGCAUCAAAGUGUUUGUGGUUGGCUGUGUCUGUGUGGGUUAUGGUGUGCCUUCUUCCAAUAUGCAUAAGGGCAAUGUCACUAUUUGGAAAAGCAUACUUGUUCAUUCCACGAGGCCACUAUGUAUUUAUCUUACUCGAAGGUUUCGGUCUUGCCUAUAAUAUGUUAUUUCCCCUUAUUUGGAUAGUUUCGGUGGUAUUCUUCUAUCCUAUUGUUCGCCUUUCAUUGAGUCGGGUUCUGAAGAAGCUCUAUGGGAUCAAAUCUUUGGAAGAAGUACGGUACAGUGGAGUCAGAUCUUUGGCAGAAGCUCCAAGGAAUAAUAGACAAAUAAGCUCUUUGGAAUUACGUUUUUGGCGUAUACUCUUUAGAUAUGUAAUAAGUCAAAAUGCGUAGAUAAAAUGUAUUUCUUGUAUUGUAUAAUGGAGGAUUAAAAAGUAGGUAUCUUCAAAAACAAA